CACGUGUUAUCUCAUUUCUAGCUAUAAAUAAGUGAUCAAGUAGUAAUAGAAAUCAUUCAUCUAAAAACUAAAAUCAUAGUUUGAUUCUCAAAGAUGAGACCUGCUCUUGCUUUAUUGCCUCUCUUUCUUCUCUUGAUCGUAGCAGUUGUGGAAUCAAGAAAAGAUGUAGGAGAAUAUUGGAAGCUGGUAAUGAAAGAGCAAAACAUGCCAGAAGAAAUUCAAGGACUUCUUGACGCAAACAACAAAAAUAAUUUGAAGACUUUGAAGCAAUCAUUUGAUGAUAAGGAAAAGAAGAACACAGUUAAAGAUUUCGAACCAAGACCAAAUAUUUCAGCAUAUGAAGACGAAGACGUUGAUGUUGAAGAAAAGAAGAUAGGGGUAGAAGAUUUCGAACCAAGGCCCAAUGUUUCAGCAUAUGGAGACAAGAGCAUUGAUGCUGAAGAAAAGAAGAAAGGAGAAGAAGAUUUUGAACCUAGGCCCAAUAUUUCAGCAUAUGGAGACAAUGGUAUUGAAGAUAGUAAAAAGAAUAAUGUUGACCAAGAUUUUGAACCAAGACCAAAUAUUUCUUCUUAUGGAAACAAUGAUAUAGGCAAUAAGGAAAAGGAAAAAGCUGUAGAAGAUUUUGAACCAAGACCAAAUAUUUCAGCUUAUGGAAACAAUGACAUUCAUGCUGAAUUCAAAGAGGAUUUUGAGCCAAGACCAAGUCUUACUAAAUAUGAUGCAUAAAUGUAAUAGAAAGCAACUUCAAUCUACCUAUGAUGGAGUAUAUUUAAAUAAGAUGUUGCUGCUUCAUGCAUGUUUAAUGAUUAGUAAGUAUGUGUGAUGUAUUUUAUGUAUUUAAGCUUUUUCAAUAAUUGUUGUAUUCUUGUCAA